UCUGUGGCUUUGCUGGUGUCAGGGAGGCGGGGAGCCGCCCAGCAAGGAGAGUGGGGGAUAAAAGCCAAGCCGGUGUAGAUCCACUCCCUCCCAUUUGCACGGCGGACCGGGAGGGCUCCAACCUGCUGCCGGCUGCCCGGGGGUUUUGUACACUAUGAAGAUCUUUCUGCCGGCAGUAGCAUUAUGGGGGAAAAAGGCGCCUUCUCACAGCAUCACUACCAUAAUGAUUACAGAUGAUCAGCACACCAUUGUUACAGGGAGCCAAGAGGGUCAGCUGUGUCUCUGGAAUCUUACCUCUGAACUAAAGAUCUCAGCUAAAGAGCUUCUCUUCGGUCAUACUGCUUCUAUAACAUGUUUGGCAAAGGCAAGAGAAUUUGAAAAACAGCCAUAUGUUGUUAGUGCUGCGGAGAAUGGGGAGAUGUGUGUUUGGAAUGUCACCAGUGGCCAGUGCAUUGAGUCUACAACCCUCCCUUAUAGACAUACAGCCAUCUGUUACUAUCACUGUGCCUUCCGAAUGACUGGAGAUGGCUGGCUUUUGUGUUGUGGAGAAUAUCAAGACAUCAUCAUUAUUGAUGCCAAGACCUUGGAAGUUCUUCACACUUUUACAUCAUCUCAAUCUCCUGAUUGGAUCAGUUGCAUGUGCAUUGUUCAUUCCAUGAGGAUUCAAGAGGAUUCUCUCUUGGUGGUAUCUGUAACUGGAGAUCUCAAAGUAUGGAAUCUAUCGUCAUCUAUAAAUAGUAUCCAGGAAAGGAAAGAUAUUUAUGAAAAAGAAUCCAAAUCUCUGGACUUACCCAACUGCCGGACAAUAAGAUUUUGCACCUACACGGAAAGACUUCUGCUGGUGGUAUUUUCCAAAUGUUGGCAGGUAGUUUAUGAUUACUGUGACUUUUCUCUCUUGCUCACUGAAGUCAGUAAAAACAGGGAGUUCUUUGCUGGUGGAGAGGUGCUCGCUGCCCACCGAAUCAUCAUCUGGACAGAAGAUGGUCACAGUUAUAUCUAUCAGCUGCUGAACAGUGGACUUUCAAAAAGUUUAUAUCCUGUUGAUGGAAGAGUACUUAAAGAAACCAUGUAUCCUCAUUUACUCUGCUCUACUUCUGUCAAAGAAAAUAAGAGCUAUCCAUUUGUUAUGGGCUAUCUCAAUGAACGAAAGGAACCUUUCUAUAAAGUCCUCUUCUCAGGAGAAAUGUCUGGAAGAAUCACUUUAUGGCAUAUCCCUGAUGUUCCAGUAUCAAAGUUUGAUGGUUCUCCUAAAGAAAUACCAAUAACUACCACCUAUACCCUUCAAGAUAAUUUUGAAAAAUAUCACACUAUAUCACCCAGCAUUAUUGAUGGUUUCUGUGCGUUUGAAGAUGGAGCUGGAAGCCCAGCAGUCACUUCAUCCAUGUUUAUUCCAGAUUUUGACAAACUAAUAUGUGGAUGUGAAGAUGGGAGGAUCUUUAUAACACUUGCUUUAAAUGCAGCAAAAGCAGGACUUUUGGAAGAUAAUGCCUUAUUUAGGAAAGAUUCCCUGCCUUACAAAGUUCUCAGCGGUCACAACAAAAGUGUUACUUCCUUACUUUAUCCUCAUAGUCACUCUUCCAAAUUAGAUCAGAGCUGGAUGGUUUCUGGGGAUCAAGAAUCUUGUGUAAUCUGGUGGGAUAUCUUUACUGAAGAAGUUUUGCAUAAAUUCUUUUUGAGGGCAGGUGCAGUAACAAGCCUUUUGAUGUCACCAGAAAUCUUCACACUGAAAGAUCAUCACAUCGUGUGCUGUGUAUGCAAUGACCACUCGGUUAUACUACUCCACCUUGAGGAAAAGACAUGUCUUUUGAAGGCUCAGAAGCACCUUUCUCCUGUGACAACAAUAAAAUGGCACCCUGUAGAAAAUUUCUUAAUUGUUGGAUGUGCAGAUGAUUCCGUUUACAUCUGGGAAAUUGAAACCGGCACUUUGGAAAGACAUGAAACAGGAGAGAGAGCAAGAGUGAUUCUUAAUUGCUGUGAAGAUUCACAGUUUUUAAAACCUGAACCGUUAAUUGCAUUUGCUUCAGAAACACACAAGCACAAAAAUGCAGUUUACAGAACCUCCAGUUCCUCCCAACUUGGAACCUUAUUUUAUUCUAUUCCUCAUGCUGAGUCUUCAUCUAAGCUCCCAGUUACUGCAUCUUUCUCAAGUCUUUUUAAUGUGUUACCAGUGAAGACCAAAUCAAGCAACGUUGACUUUCAUGUUCUUUUUUUUGAUCUGGAAAAUCUUGUGGAACUUCUACUCUCUACUCAAUUAAAUAGUUUUAGCUCCUCCAACUCAUUGCAUGGCAGUGACAUUCUGAAGAGAGCCAGAAGCACCUUUGAGAAAAGACCACUAACCCUGAAAAGAAGUAAAACCUCCAACUCUUCUAUUUCAGGGGAAGGGCAGAUGAAAAAUGCUUGUGAGAACCAGAACCAGGGAGAUAUCCCAGGCAAGUCCUUUGAAGAAAAUGAGGGCAUCAAGCGACAUAAAAAAAUGAAGAGCUCCAAAAAGGCUCAAUUUAUACCACCAAGGAGAGUUGACAUCAACCUCAUGAUGGACACAGCUAAACUUCUCUUGUCAUGCCUCUUACCAUGGGGUAUUGAUAAAGAAUUAGAUAAUCUUUGCAUUCAGCAUCUAAAUAUUUUAAGACUUCAAUACCCAGUUUCUUUAGGACUAGUUUCAAAUGAAGAUCAUUUCUCUUUAAUGUUGCCUGGUUGGAACUUUUGCAAUCCAGGAAUGAAGGAAGGGUGUUCAGUAGUCAACUUGUUUUCUAGAAAAGUAUUGGACUUAUCAAAUAAAUACAUCGCUGCCCUUCCAAGUCAACCAGAAGUGACAGGAGAGCUGGAAAGUGAUUCAUCACAAGGAUUGGACACUAUAGUAUAUCUAUUAAGCAAACUGUUUUUAGUUAAUAAGUUAGUUAACAUGCCUUUAGAAUUGGCCUACAGCACCAGCAGUCACUACAAGAAGGAAUCUGUUACUAACAAGGGAAAAAACACUGGCACAGAUAAUUCAAGUUUCUAUGGCAAUUUACGAAAUGGUAAAACUGAAUUUCAUUUUCCUGAUGCUGAUCUUUCUCUGAUGAAGCUAGUUUCAGGCUGGAGACACCAAUCUGUACAGGUCAUUGAAGUAAUACAGGCUGUUCUGCUGGCUGAAGUUCAAAAUAUGAAAACCUUAAGAAAGACAUCCAUCAACAGUCCACCACUGUCCAUGGUAGACAAUAGAAAUGGAGAGAUGGAGACACUGGGAAAAAUUGAACAGUCAGAACAGCUAGAGUUACAAUGCAUUAAGAACAUUCCUCUGCAAAAUGAGGAAACUAAGAUUGAGACAGGUGAAGCAACUUCCCCAUUGUCAGACAAGAUAACCAGGGGGUUUCUGAACCAGGAUUCAAAUUCAGCUACAGUCAGUGUGGUCAAGCAUGACAGCCACUCAAACUCGGCAAACUUCCAAGAAGCUGAGGACAUGCCUGACAGAUGUGUCUUGGAAGAGUCGGAGAGUCCAGGUAAACAAAAAACACAUCCUUGGAUGGCUAAAUUGUGCUUAUGUAAAGUGUGUUAAAAUGUCUUCUCAUUUACCGGAAAUGGGAUUUAAACAAAUUAAGGAACUGAAAGUGUAUAAUUUUUUUAAAGACUAUGUUGCUCUGUUAUGAUUAUGAAAGCCACUUAAUAUGUCAAACAAUACAUGUUGAAGUCAAACUAUAGAGAAAAUUGUAAGAGUUGAUCCACUAUAAAACCAUGUAAUAUAUCUUGGGAAAAAUUUUCUAGAUUACUUUGUAUAUCUGCUUCUCAGUUUGUCCAUUGCUGUUCUCAAUAUAGAAUGCUGAUUCUCUACCAUAUGGGGAUUUGUUGCUGAAUUCAACCUUGAUAGUGUGUUUAAAUUCCAUCUUUUCAUACAACACUAUUAUAUCAAAGAUUAUAGAAGUCUUUAAUAUUGACCACUGUUUGAUUUUAUUACUUUCAAUUUAAUCUUUAAAUUUAACUGAGUUAUCUGAGAGUUGCCUGCUGUGUUGUGAUUAUUAUUUUUAUCACACUGGACAAACUCCAAGCAACCAAUCUGAUCUCUAAGCACUCAGUAACAUCACCUACCACAUGAUAAUUUCAGUUCUGUCCUUCCAAACAGCUGCAAAAAGCUGGGCGUGAUCAUUUGUUGAACCAAUUUUGUCUCUGUAACAUUUAGUUUGUCAUUCCCCAUGAAAGAGUGGAUCAACUCCUGAACCAACCUGUACCAAUGGAUAUCACUAGGGUUAUCAGCAUGGCCUAAACUAGAAGUGGGAUUAAAGUUUGACCUUCAAAUAAACUUGUAUGUUUCCCCUC